UGUCAAAACCGACACGGAAAACCGCUGAAACUGCUCGUAUUUUCUUGCUGUCAACCGUUUCUGUAUGUCGCCUGCGCGAUCGAUAAAACAAAUACAUUGAAUCAAGUUUUCUGAGGUCAUACCUUAUUGAGUUAUUGAUGAGCAGGAGGGUUUAGGUCUGUUUGAUUCGAAAAUUAAGUGAAAAGUGAGAAAAUGGAUGCACAAGGAGCAUACGGAGGAGGAAAAGCUGGAGGUGCCUUCGAUCCUCAAGCCUUCAUCCAACGGCCUCCUGUUAUAGUGAGAGCCGUCUGUUGGUUGUUCAGUGUCAUUGUUAUGGGCUGUAUAUCAGCUAAAGGGUGGUACCAGAAAGAAAAGGACGACCCACGGGAGUACUGUGCCUACAACGAUGACACCAAUGCCUGCAACUACGGGGUGGGGAUCUCCGUGAUAGCGUUUGUGGCUUCCGUCGCGUUCAUUGUGGGAGAGUACUUGUUCGAGCAGAUGUCCUCGGUGAAGACCAGGAAGCACUAUGUGUUGGCUGAUAUGGGAUUCUCUGCGUUCUGGGCGUUCCUGUACUUCGUCGGCUUCUGCUACCUGUCUAACGCGUGGGGCAAGACGGAGACGCCGCCGCUGGGCACCGCCAACAACAUGCAGGGCGCCAUCGCCUUCUGCUUCUUCUCCAUCUUCGCCUGGGUCGCCUGUGCCUUCUUCGCGUUCCAGCGUUUCCGCGUGGGCGCGGACGCGGCGUUCGCCCCCUCGUACGAGGUGGAGGGCGGCGGCGAGGUGGGCUCGUUCCCCGCGUACGCCGGCGCCGGCGGCGACGAGCCCGGCUUCGCCGACCCGCCCUUCCAGCAGCGGGCCAUGCCGCAAGGUCAGAACAUCGACUACACUGCCCCUACAUACUAAAUCAGGAGGGAAGAAUUUAUUUUACGUUAUUAUACCUUUCAUCCUUUAAAAGGUUUGUGUUCCGCCAUAGGUAUUUGUUUCGUCCAUAAUUU